GUACCUCCCUCUGACGUCAUCACUCUGCGCCGAUUCGCGGCUUUUGAAACAAUUGCCAGUGUCGCUUCGCCAAACUUUCACGUUUAUCGUAACUCUUUCUUUCAUUGGCGGGAGGUGAAAUGAUCGACAUGAUCGAGAAGGAGGAUCCGGUCAUUACAGAGGAAGAGGCUGCUCAAUAUGAUCGUCAAAUCCGUCUGUGGGGCUUGGAUGCCCAGAAGAGACUGCGAGGAUCUCGGGUUCUCUUGGUUGGUUUAGGAGGUCUGGGUGCUGAAGUGGCCAAAAACCUAAUCCUGGCUGGGGUAAAAGGACUCACUAUGUUGGAUCACGAAAAGGCAAGCGAGGAGUUGUGCCGUGCUCAGUUCCUGGUGCCGGUAAGCAAGUACGGCCAGAGUCGCGCCCAGGCCUCAGUGGAGCGCGCUCAGACCCUCAACCCCAUGGUGGAGGUGCGGGCCCAAAUCGGGUUAAUUGAGGACAUGCCUGAAAGUUUCUUUCUGCCGUUCAGCGCGGUGUGUCUAACCGGCUGCUCCAGAGCUGUGAUGGUGCGCGUGGACCAUAUCUGCGCGGAGCACAACAUCAUGCUCUUCUCCGGGGACAUCCACGGUUACUAUGGUUACAUGUUCUGCAACCUGGGGCCGGAGCACAGCUACGUGGAGGAGAAACCCAAAGUAGUGAAGCCCUCUGGAGACUCCAACGACGGGCCGGAGGCCAAGAGGGUCAAAUUGGAUCCCAACGAGACCACCAUGGUGAAAAAGACGGCCAAGUUCUGCAUGCUGAAGGAGGCUCUGCAGGUGGACUGGACCACAGAGAAGGCCAAAGCCGGUCUGAAGAAAAGGCCCGUGGACUACUUUCUGCUACACGUCCUGCUGAAGUUCCGUGCGGAAAAACAUCGUGCCCCCGAGCCAAAGUCCUUUGCGGAGGACAGUCAGCUCCUGAGACAGAUCCGCGACGACCUCCUGGAGGCCAUGGGCGUGGGCGCCAACAUCCUUAGCGACGACUUCAUCAGCUACUGUUUCUCCGUGAUGCCUCCUGUGUGUGCCGUGGUGGGAGGAGUCCUGGGCCAGGAAAUUGUCAAGGCUCUGUCCCAAAGAGACGCUCCGCAUCGGAACUUCUUCUUCUUCGACGGCCGCAAAGGAAACGGCAUGGUGGACUACUUUGGACCGAACUGAGGAGGCUCGCUCCAUCAACCUCAUCAUCAUCAUCAUCUUCAUCCGGUUGUUUAUUUAUGGCGUCCAUCACCGACAAUACUCUUCUGUUUUUUUGUUUUUUUUACAUUUAAUAAUAAAAGUGUUACAUAAAAACAA